AGAGGGAAAGGCAUGGAGUCCAGCCUGGCCCUUCUUCUGGCCCUGGCCGUGGUGCCCUUCCAGCUCUGCAGAUGCCAGUCCCUCCAGGUGGAUCCCCCUGCGCGUGAGGUAGCUGUGGCCAUGGGCACCUCCCUCCAGCUGACCUGCAACCUGUCCUGUGAGGAGGGGGUCGCCCGGGUGCACUGGCACGGCCUGGACACCGACCAGGGCAACACGCAGAACUUCCCGGGCAGCAGCAUCCUCUCUGUCCAGGGCUUGCUGUCAGACUCGGGCACUCGUGUGUGCGUGGGCUCCUGCGGAGGCCGGAGCGUCCAGUACUCCAUGCAGCUGCUUGUGUACGCCUUCCCAGACCAGCUGGUGGUAUCCCCGGAGUCCCUUGUACCUGGACCAGACCAGGAAGUGUCCUGCACAGCCCACAACAUCUGGCCCGUGGCUCCGGACAUUCUCUCUUUUGCCCUGCUACUGGGAGAGCAGAGGCUGGAGGGUGUCCAGGCCCUGGAACCGGAGCAAGAGGAGGAGGAGAUGCAGGAGGAUGAGGGCACACCACUGUUCCGAGUGACACAGCGCUGGCUCUUACCCUCCCUGGGGACGCCCGCCCCUCCUGCCCUUUACUGCCAGGCCACCAUGCAGGUGUACGAUCUGGUACUGACCCUCAGAAAGGAGCUUCCAGUCCUACAGGGCCAGACCUCACCAGAGGCCCCCAACACUACUGCUGAGCCCUACACCCUGACCUCAUCACACACUGCCGAGGCUGUCUCCACUGGGCUCCCCAGAAGCAUGACGGGGUCACCCACCCCUGCACACUCCGCACUCGGCGCUUGGAAUGCGAGCGCUGCUGGAAUCAGCCCCUGCCGCCCUGAAAUCCGCCAGGACCUGGAGGCAGGCUACAAGCUGCUCUGUGAGGCACGCUGCGAGCCGGGAGUGACUGUGCGCUGGACACUGACUCCUGGAGGCCUGACAGCCUACCACAAGGAGGAGGCUGGGGCCCAGGCGUGGCUAAGCAUGCUGCCCCCGGGUCCCAUUCCUGAGGGCUGGUUUCAGUGUCGCCUGGACCCCGGGGGGCACGUGGCCAGUCUGUAUGUCCCCGGCCAGGUGGUCCCAAAUCCCUCCUCCUCGGUGGCCCUAUGGACUGGCAGCUUGGUGCUGGGGCUGCUCGUGCUGGCCUUUCUUUACAAACAGCUGCGGAAACGCUACAGGCCAAGACCUCGCCCAGACACCAGCUCAUGCACUCUCCUAUGAAGCUCGAUUGUGCCACACUAAGGGGUCCAGACGGUGACCCCUGCAGGGUUUGGGGCAGUCAAGAUGAUACACUGUGUCUCCUUUCCUCAGUCAGCACAUCUACACAAGCUCCUCCUAGAUGCUGGGCUUUCCUGCCUGCUCGCCCGCCCAGGGCAGAAUAAAGGACCCAUCUC